AUUUUUCAAUUUGAAUGAAUCAGUCAUACAAUAGUGCCGAUGUCAACAAUCUACUGAAUACUAUAUAAAAAUACGAUUCACCAUUUAAGUGAAUACGAAUCGUAAUAAUGAUUAGGAUGGCAAACAGCUUAUCAUUUGUCUUGUAUAUUGUUUUGAUGCUCAGCGCCUUAUUGUCAAUAGGCGUUGUAGCCAAGCCAUCUGGAGAUUCAACUUCAAAAACAGGUGUAGAAAACUACUUCAAUCUGAACACAGUUUCUCAGAUAACGAUCACUACUGAAAGCAUUUCCCCAACGACGGAACCUGUGGUUGGAACAAAAGGGAAUAGUGAAAAUGAUUUGGAUGACAAUAAAAUCACAAAUACGGAUGUCAAAAACGAUUUCCUUAAGUCUUAUGCCACCAAGAUGUUGAGCUAUAUGAAUCACACCGUGAUGCCAUGUGACGAUUUCUAUGAGUACGCUUGUGGAAACUGGAAGAAUGUGAAACCGGAAAAGCAAACCAAUAUUAAAGAAAGCAAUUUAAUGGAAAUUGUCUAUACCCUGGCCGAUAUAAGCGAACAGCUGCUGCUAUCAGAGACACAGCUUGCAACCGACUUGGGCUAUGGAAAUGAGAUGCAGAUUGCACAACAAUUUUAUAACGCGUGCUUAAACGCUGAGCUCUAUCCGCUUCCAGCAGCUGACCCCGCUUAUCUGAAGCUUAUCAGGUCGAUUGGCGGAUUUCCCGCUAUAGACGGGGAAGCAUGGCAAGCCUCGAAUUUCAGCUGGUUCAACAUGAGCGCUCAUUUGACGAACUACGGAAGCAUGAGUCUGAUCUAUGAAGAUAUUAUUGGGGUGCAUCCAUUUCAACCGUAUUUCAAGCUGCCCGAGCUGGGUUUCGACUUUAUCGUUCACAGCGACAACAUCGCCACCAAUGAUACCAAAGGAUACAAGCGCAACGAGAAGCGCAUGCACGAAUAUCUGACGGCCAAUGGAUUAUCCGAGGAAAAGACAGCCGAUGUGAUAGCUGGAGUGUUUGCCUUUUGGCGUGAAGCGUUGCAGGUUGCAGAUCGUUUUAAUGAAAAUGAUGAAAAAUGUGAAGAACUUACCAGAACUGAAAGCUUGAAGUUGUUUUCGGGUUGGAAAGAUUACUAUGAUAUCGUCUGGGGAGGAAUGGAGCAUUUCGGUGUUUAUCCACCUGAACACUUCUGCGACUUCUAUUACAUUGAACUGGAUAAAGUGUGCGACAAGCACAAAGAAGCCGUUGCCAAUUAUCUGGCCAUGAAGCUGUUGUUUACUAUGGAUUCCAAAUUGAAAUCAACCAAGUUUCAGCGCGAAAGUUGUCUACUGGAAGUGCAGUCUUCAGUGCCGUAUCUGUUGGAUAAACUUUACUAUACGAAAUAUUUUACCAAAGAAACCCAAUCGGAUAUCUUAGAGAUAAUGAAGGAAUUGCGUGAGUUUCUGCAUGAAGUUCUCAAUAAUGCAACAUGGAUCGAUGAAGAGACUCGCAAGGAGGCAUUGUUAAAAGAGUCAACAAUGACAUCACGUAUGGGUUCGUUUAAGGAUGAGCACCUAACGCAGCUUCUCAUACGCGAAAUGAACAAUCUCACCUUUGUGCCAGACAGUUACACGCAAAGCAUCAUCAAUUUAAGGAAAUUCCGCAGAUAUAUGAAGCGCUAUAAUUCUAUACAUUACAAGCAGCUGUCAAACGAAACAAAACCGUUGGAACUGUUGCUGGGUAUGCAAGUGAAUGCAUUCUACUACAUCGUGGACAAUUCGAUUAAUGUAAUGUCCGGGGUGCUACAUCCGCCAGCCUAUCAUCAUGAUUGGCCCAAUUCGCUAAAGUAUGGGACAUUUGGUUAUUUGGUUGGCCACGAACUGUCUCAUGCUUUCGAUAGCGAUGGUUCCCGCAUUGAUAGCAAGGGCGAAGUACGAAACUGGUGGAGCAAAAUGUUCUCUGACGAGUUCAAUAAUCGCCGUCAAUGUUUUAUAGAUCAAUACGGCAAAUAUCACGUGCCUCAGAUCAAUCGUACUAUCGACGGUGAUAAAACGAAGGAUGAGAAUAUGGCCGACAUUGGUGGACUAUAUGAGGCAAUAAAUGCCUAUCGUCUUCACACGAAGCAUCAGAAGCAGCUCCAUGAACAAGAUGUGUCUUAUGACAUGCCAAACGAACAAAUGCCUGGUAUGGACUUGUCACCAGAGCAGCUCUUUUUUCUGGGUUUUGGUCAGAUGUUUUGUGCCGACUACAAGGAGGAGCAUUAUUGGAAAGAACUGACCGAUGAGCAUACCAUUGACAAGUUUCGUAUAAUUGGCGCUCUCAGUAACAGCGAGGACUUUGCCAAGGCAUACAAUUGUCCAGUCGGUAGCCCAAUGAAUCCCAACACAAAAUGUCAUAUCUGGUGAAUAUUUCAGAGAUUCCAAAGCAGAUGCCGACAUUUUACCAUAAACAACAUGAGUUGGUUGACUUCGGGUAUUUGCAGAAAGCAAGUCUAUUUAAUAAUGAUGAUUUCGAAAACGAAAUUUGUGCUAUGAUUCUGAAAUUUGGAAUAAAAUACUUUUUAGUUUUUAAUUUAAAAGGCGUUUAUUCAACAGCUAGUUGUGACAAUUCAAACAAGUAAGAAAGCUACAGUCGAGUGUACUCGACUGUGAGGUACCCGCUACCCAUUUUGAAUAAAAUACCGCAUUCAAAAUAUUCCAUAGACGGCACAAUAUACCAGAUUG